CAGAUCAGAGUGGAGCAGAGUAGAGAGCUCGGGGUUUUCUCUCUCGUAACGAGCGCGUGCGCCCGCAGUCCGGCGCUGCUCGUUGCGAGGCUCGCACCACACGUAUCAUUUCGACCGCCCGACGCAUGGCGCAAUAGUGGUGAAAGAGAGAGAGAGAGAGAGAGAGAGAGAGAGAGAGAGAGAGAGCGCGGGGGAGAGACGACGGGGAGAUCCGUCGCUCGAUCGAUUUGCCGCCGCCACCGCUGCUGGCUCCGUUCCUCAGCAGCGUGAGCGAGAGAAAGAGACCCAAGAGAGCUAACGCCACCGCGAGUGUAGUAUUAUAAUUAGCAUGAGGCUGUGAGUGCGCAGCGAUUUGCUCCGUCAGUAACAACAAGGGAAUCGAGCUAGAGAGCGGAAAAGGCGUGCGCGAAAACGGGCAAAGCGAGAGAAGGAGAGCGAGCGAGAAAAGGGAAAACAAGCAGGAAAAUAACGAGCUAUGAGGAGGCGUAGCCCCGUGGAGGAUGAGGCUGACCGGCGGCUACAGAGCCGUGAUGCUAGUGCUACUGCUGCUGAUGCUGCUGCUGUUGCCACUUGGAGGCUGCAGCACUGAGACAAAUCUCGAGGAGGCGGAUCGAGCUGGGGCAACGGAGGCUAGCGGCAAGAGAGCAGCGGCCCGCUCCGCGCCCUCGGGAACAUGAGAGGAGGCUGGACCCUCAUGGCGGCGAUCGCCCUGGCUGCGUCGGGGUUGGUAACUGGCGGUUUUCAUGAGAAGAGACUGCUAAACGACCUGCUGGAUACGUACAACACGCUGGAGCGACCGGUCCAAAAUGAGUCCGACCCCCUUCCGCUGAGCUUCGGCCUUACGCUUAUGCAAAUUAUUGACGUUGACGAGAAAAAUCAGCUGCUCAUCACGAAUCUUUGGUUGAAGCUGGAAUGGAAUGACGUUAACAUGGUGUGGGACCCUUCGAAGUACGGCAACGUUCGGGACUUGAGGAUACCACCGCAUCGUCUCUGGAAGCCCGACGUCCUCAUGUACAAUAGCGCCGACGAGGGCUUUGACGGCACGUAUCCAACUAACGUUGUGGUCAAGGAGAAUGGCACGUGCCUCUACGUACCACCGGGUAUCUUCAAGAGCACCUGCAAGAUUGACAUCACUUGGUUCCCAUUCGAUGAUCAACGUUGCGAGAUGAAGUUCGGAUCGUGGACUUACGAUGGCUUUCAGUUGGAUCUCCAGCUGCAGGACGAAGCCGGUGGUGAUGUUAGCAGCUUUAUCACGAACGGCGAAUGGGAUCUUUUAGGUGUGCCGGGAAAAAGGAACGAAAUUUAUUACAAUUGUUGCCCAGAACCGUAUAUUGAUAUUACAUUUGUCGUGAUAAUAAGAAGGCGAACGCUUUAUUAUUUCUUUAAUCUUAUCGUGCCAUGCGUUUUGAUCGCCAGUAUGGCCGUUUUGGGCUUCACAUUGCCACCAGAUUCCGGCGAAAAACUCUCUCUUGGUGAGCAGUUUUUGAAGACAUUCUCAUCAUUUAUAAGUCAUUCAAAACACUUAAUGUUCAGAAUGAUAGUAAUAAAACAAAUACAAAUAUUGCCCAUUGCAGGAGUGACAAUCCUCUUGUCUCUCACGGUGUUCCUCAAUAUGGUGGCAGAAACGAUGCCUGCGACCUCCGAUGCCGUACCGCUUUUAGGGACGUACUUUAAUUGUAUAAUGUUCAUGGUGGCCAGCAGUGUUGUCAGCACAAUUCUUAUAUUAAAUUAUCACCAUCGUAAUCCUGACACCCACGUUAUGUCCGAUUGGGUGAGACUCGUCUUCCUAGACUGGCUGCCUUGCAUACUGCGAAUGUCAAGGCCGCCUCGUGAUGAAGAUGAGCCGCCGCAAAAAUCUCAGAAGCCUUCUCCAGUGACGGAUACCAGCAAGUCGCACGGAGACUUGGAGUUGCACCAGCGCUCGAGUAAGUCCCUACUGGCGAACGUGUUGGAUCUGGAGGACAAUGCGCUCGCAUCGCACAAUAAUUUGCUGAACAACGUGUACAGUACACCUGGGCCGCAUCAUCCGCAUCACCACGUGCAUACGACUCCCCAUCAUCAUCAUCAUCCGCAUACGGCAACGACAACGCCUCACCAUCAGCAUCAAACACCGCUGGCCCACUCGUCCUAUCCGCCACCACCACCGCCGCCGCCAUCGGCCCACCAACUUGGCCACACGCCCCAUCAUCAUGCUCACCCGCCUGAUCCAUCGGCUGGCCCACAGGUCGAGACCAUCCUCCAGAGUGCUUGCUUCUGCGCGCGAUAUGAGCUCAUUCUUAUUCUCAAGGAAAUCAAGAUAAUCACGGAUCAACUGAAAGACAACGAGAUUCAAACGGGGAUUACUAACGAUUGGAAAUUUGCAGCGAUGGUGAUUGACAGAAUGUGCCUAAUCAUUUUUACUCUGUUCACGAUAAUCGCCACCAUCACCGUCCUCUUUUCGGCGCCACACAUCAUUGUCACGUGAUUAUCGAGCUCCUCACGCAUCCGAAGGAGACGAAGGCGUAGCCGCAGAAAGUGCAUCGAGGUCGCUUUCCGGCUAUGCUGUGGGCGCCAUCGUUAUUGCUGCUACUGCUGCUCAGCUAGAACAAGAGCCAAACUAAUGUCGCUUUUUGUUACACCUCAACCGUACGCUUUGGGUUUUUCACGGCUGCUCGCCCAGCCACGCGUAGCGUUUUAGCGCUAAUAAUGAGAAAUAUUAUUAAAGAUGACAUGCAUACAAUAGUGAAAUAGAAAGACAACAGGACAGAGAGAGAGGGGGGGGGGCGAAAGAGAGGGAGGGAGAGAGAGAG